UCAACCAAAUCACUUUCCCUCAUUUGAGAUCCAAUCCUACACAACGACUCCACAGCUUUGUCUCUCACACAUGUCUCCUCAACAGUGCAUAGUGUCUCCAAAGGUGGCAGCAAGACAUGGGCAUGCUCCACUCCACCAACAUAUGGAAUAAACACUCCCAGCUCUUCAGCCAUUGCAAGGAGGACCUCGUCGUCAUCAUCAUU